UGUGCUCUUUUGUUUGUAGAGAAUCUGUUAGAGGGAAACGCCGAAUGGAUGACAUUAUUAUUCUCGAAUAAUUUAUACGGAGAGGUCGCGAAACAGUGAGAUGCCCGAACUGCUCCCCUUGAUUAUUUCGUCGUCUGCAAAAGGGUUGAAUAGUUCGCUAUUUUUGACUGGAAAACUACCUCGAUCAGCUGGGUUUGUUUAAUUCAUUCUCAUAUAUAGUGGCAGCUAUGUGUAAGAAAGAAGAACACUCGAUGUCGUCGCCGGUCUCGACGACGACUGCUUCGAACACGGACACGACGUACACGUGGGAGGAAGUGAGAAAGCACACCGAGGUCGACGACAAGUGGUUGGUCGUCGACGGCAACGUCUACGACAUCACCAAGUGGGCCAAACGACAUCCAGGAGGGAACAAGGUUAUUAGUCAUUACUCGGGCCAAGAUGCUACGGAUGCAUUCGGUGCGUUUCAUCGUGAUCGCCAGUUCGUCAACAAAUUCCUCAAACUGUAUCGCAUCGGACGGGUCGACGACGACGACAACCGGAGCAGCGAACUCGCACACGACUUCGAUAAUGUGAGGGAGCUAACAAAGACAAUGGAUCUGUACAAGCCCAAUUUCUGGUUCUAUGCUUUCCAGCUGGGCCACAUCAUCGCUCUCGAGGUCCUGGCCUACGCCACCGUGCGCUACUUCGGGGCCAACAUCUUCUCCUUCCUCCUGGCCGGUCUCUUCAUGGGGACCAGCCAGACACAGGGGGCCUGGCUCAACCACGACUUCGGUCACCUCUCCGUCUUCAAAUCCACCAAGCUCAACUACAUCGUGCAGGAGUUCGUUUUUGCUGGGAUUCAGGGUGCACCGGCGUCUUGGUGGAAGUAUCGUCAUUAUCAGCACCAUGCUAAACCAAACGUGAUCAACAAGGAUCCCGACAUCAAGAUGGAAAUUUUCUUUCUCGUUGGGGACACGGUACCCAAGGAAGUCGCCAAAGCAAAGACAGGAUUUAUGCCAUACCAACAUCAGCAUAAAUACUUUCCUUUUCUUUUGCCGAUAUUUCUGAUUCCCGUGUACUAUACCUUCGAGUUCUUCCGUUACGUCAUCAAACGUAGAGAAUGGGUGGAGUUAACAUUAAUGAUUGCUUUCUUCGUUCGGCUUUUCUACCUCUUUGCUCCGUUCCUCGGAUUCGUUGGGGCGCUUCUCCUCUUCAUGCUAGCAAGGACUAUUCAGAGUACGUGGUUUGUGUGGGUGAGUCAAGCAAAUCAUAUCCCAAUGGCUGUUGAACACGAUGAAGCAGAUCAGCACUGGGUUCAACUACAGAUGAAUGCAACAUGUAACCUGGAAUCAUCAACGUUGAUUGAUUGGUUUACGGGUCAUCUCAAUUAUCAAGUAGAACAUCAUCUUUUCCCGACCAUGCCAAGGCACAACCUGCAUAAGAUAAGGCCUUAUGUACAAUCGAUGUGUGAGAAACACAACAUCCCUUAUAUCAGGAAACCAUUCUGGACAGCCAUGGCAGACAUUUUGCGAUCCUUGAAAAAGUCGGGCAAUAAGUGGUAUGAGCUUUACAACAUGCUCGACCCAGCCGGUGACCACUGACCUACACAAACCUUUGGAUACAGGUCUAGAAAGCAUCCCUGACGUUAGUCUAUAAUCUUGGCCGGUUUAUUUUACAGUCAAACCUCUCUAUAAAG